AUGACCAUGCAUUGUGGGGGAGGACAUCUCUGCAACUGUACUCAGCUUCUAUGCAAACUACUCAACACCUUUGUCUUUCUUGAGCUAACCAUGGCUAUGCGCAUGCGCACCACAUUCAGAAGAUCCUCGUGCUGGUCGCGUACUGCAGUAGCCCAAAUUUAUCGAGCAGGACCACAGAUUUCGCGCCAAGUACGAAUAGGAUCGAAAUCGAAUCAAAUCGAAGUUUUACAGUCAUGGUAUGCUCGCAGUGGUGCGGCGGUAGCGAGGAAUUCAACAAAAAGAAUUAUAGGCGAAUCGAUUUUCCCAAGAGCGAAAUUACAAGCGUGUCGAGCCAUCGCUCCAAAUUUUCCUCCAGUGUAUACGCGUGCGGACAAAGUACGAGUAGGAAACUUGUGACGACAGUGACAGAAUCAGAAAUGCAUCUUAAAGCUGGUGUUAGUUGAAACUUGUUAAAUUGGGAAGCAAAACUCAAAAACCUAUGACAUUGUGGUCGGAAUCUGUACACUUACAACCCAUGCGUAAAAAGAAGUGCGAUGGUCAAAAAUAUACUUUAUUUAUAAUAUUCAUAUUUCUUCAUGAUAUCUUUGUUGCCCGGGAGCAAAAAUAUUCUGAAUCGAUCAAAAGCUUUUUGGAAACAUCAGCUUCACGCAGAUUUCCUUGGUCUACCUGUGGCACAUGCUCGGCGUCGUCGUUCGAAGAUCUUAAUUUACGAGUUGCUGAGACUUGAGCUGGCCCUGGCUCCUCAAGUACAAUCGCAGAUAGCCCUGUUGUCAAUACCAACAUCGGUGUGUGAACUGAAGGUGCGUGGGGCACAGCCAAUGUAUUGCUUCGGGAAAUCCCUCUGGCAGUGGGACUGGGUUUGGCUUUGGGAAGUAGAAAUAAUACAAAAGGAGCAGCAUUUGCUACAACAACUUUCUUUUCACAUGGAGCGGGUUACCACGCGCGAGCAUGCAUACUAGCGAGGGCAAUUGUGGUGUGAUAUACGUUCCUCGUUGGCCAAUCUUCCUAUUCUAUGAUUAAGUUCAAUCAUUAAACUUAUAGAAAGACUGCACGAAGGACGGUAAAUCAAAGGCGACAUACUAUAAAGCUAAACUGGACUCGAAUCGGAUCAAACAGAAGGGAAACUGAAAAGUGAAACAGUAAAAAGCUAAAUUCCGAAAGAAUUGAUAGAAAAAAGGAUGUGUGAAGAUCCAGUUCGGCCAGAAUAUCGCAAAACCAUGGCCCGGUUGAACAGUUAGCUCCUCAUAUGAAAUAUUGCUGCCGCUGUGAUCCUCUGCAACUCAAUAUUUGACAGGGCAAUAUCUCUCGACAAUAGGCUUUGAAACCACACAGCCUAGGGCCUUUUGUCCGAGAAAACUUAAAUAAUAAACGCUUGUAAGUUCAGCUGCAGGAGCCUUCUUCCCAUUGAAAGUGAGAAGGACCAGUCGGUGUACUUACGUUCAAGUAGGAAAAAACGCAGCGAGUAUUGCACCAGGCAGCAGAUACAAGGGCUCAGUAAUACGUAAAUUGGAAAAAAAAUUGCUUCGACUGGCACUAUAGUGUGCUAGUUCUGAAAGAAGACAGUCGUGGUUUUGUUUGACACGAAUCUCGCGCAACUUUCAUCCAAUCUUGCUACGAGGCCGGGGAAAGCGACACCGACAGCAUCAAGAAAUAAAAAUAUCUAAUAGUACUGUGCAAACCCUUCAAUCCCUCUUCGUUCUCGCAAGUUGAGUGGACGUCUUGCUGACCGAGAGUCUACUACUUCUGAGCCCGGUUGAAUACAGAAACAUCGUGUAGCAGAUCUUUCUAUCUUUAGCACUCUACUUUCCUUAAAAAAUAACUCGGCGCGUCGAGCUCCAGGCAUGUCUGAGUCUGUUCAAAAACUGCAUAAACACUUCCGCACUCCCCUGCAAGUUGUACAAGUUGCGCAACGUGAACUUUGUGCAUGCAGCAACGUUUAUCUGAAU